AUGGUAUCAAACUAUUUAAAUUAUGUACUGUUCCCGGAUACACUUGGAAAAUUGAGGUUUAUUCUGGAAAACAACUCGAUUCUGAUUUUUCUACACCGACAAAUGUGGUGCUCAGACUGUGGUGAGGAUUUACUAGGAAAGGACUAUUCUGUAUUUGUAGACAAUUGGUACACAAGUUUGGAUUUGGCAGAAAAGUUAAUUGACAAUGAGACACAUCUUAUUGGUACUCUACGCAAAAACAUAAAGUACUUACCGAAAUACGUGAUGGAAGCCCAAUCAAAGCCUGGUGAGUUUGCAGCCAAAGAAAACAGUAAGGGAAUUACAGUUAUGAAAUGGAGGGACAAACGUGAAGUUUGUCUACUGUCAACUAAACACUCUAUAGGAUUUAUAAAAACUAAAAAUAAGAGAGGAAUAGAGGUGAUUAAGCCGAAGAUAAUCUUGAUGGAUUAUAAUAAAGCUAAGGCAGCAGUAGACCUCUCGGAUCAAAUGACAGCGUAUUCUUCUCCGCUUCGAAAGUCUAUCAAGUGGUACAAGAAGUUGGCCUUAGAACUGCUUCUAAACACAGCUGUAGUAAAUGCUCGGGUUUUAUAUGAAGCUACAACAAAAAAGAAGAUACCUAUUAUUGAAUUUAGACGAAAACUGUCACAACAAAUGAUUGACUCAAACCCACGUGAUGGAGCUAACAUUCCAUGUAGGCCAAAGAGAAUAAAACAUUCUCUUGUAAAAGCAGACGGAAAGGCUGCGACGACAAGAAAAUUUUGUGUAGGUUGUUCGAAAUUAAUUCACAAACGCAUGGAAGAAAAAUUGCCAAAAACAAAACCAAAAAGGUUACGACAUUUUGUUCAGUUUGCCCAGACAAGCCAUAUUUGUGCAGAUUGUUUUGAUAAAAAACAUUAA